AUGCAAGUACCCCGGACAAUUACUAUCCUGGCUUUACUGGCCUCCGCCUCCGCUCAUGCCAUCCGUCGGGAUGAAAGCGAGCCUAAGGCUGAUUUCUCGAAGACCUGCGACAAGAUUACCGUUCCAAAGGGUGGCAACCACUUGGAAGCAGAAUGUACUAGGUCAAACGGGGAAAAGAAGAAGAGCUCUCUAGACCUGAACUUCUGCAUCCGGGCCACAUAUGGAGGUAUGGAACCGCACGCUAACGGCCAUUUCUGGGGAAAUCCCGGAUGUACUGGUUGUCAAGUUCUCAAAGAGUCGCCACAUACUUUACAGUGCGUGUGUAUGACUUCACAGUUGGGUGCCUUCAAGAAGGCAGAGCUUGACUUGGAUAUCAUGGUGUGGAACAAUGAUGGUCUCAUGCAAUGCUAUGACCGCCGCGCAAACGCUAUCUAG